AUGGGCAUUCCCACAAAAUUUGCAACAAUUUCUAUGGUUUUGUUGUGGCUGUGGAGUGUUGCUGAUGGUGUUCCCAACACGAGCAUCAUCAAUGUUCUCUGCAACAGUGGGUUAUACACCUCAGGGGACCCUUUUGGAUUUAGUUUAAACUAUGUUUUGGGGGACUUGGAGAAAGAAACAGCAGCACAGAAGAAUUAUGACUACCACAACAUUUCACCAUAUCCUAAUGCCUAUGUCUAUGGCCAUGCUACUUGUAACCUUAAUCUCACUUCCUCUGAUUGCAAAACAUGUCUUGGUGCUGCUAAAAUGGCCUUGUUUAGCACAUGCCAGACACCACGGAUAGGGGCUCGUUCGGUGCUCCUUGAUUGUACAAUCAGGUACGAGCAAUACCCAUUUGACGAUUAG